GCUUAAAGAAGAACAGCAGGAAGAUCCGGAGCCCCCCCACAUUAAAGAGGAGCAGCUUCAAGGGCUGGAGAAGGCUGACAUGACUGUGUCAUUCACUCCUGUGAAGAGUGAAGAUGUUAAAGUGGAAGCUCAUUCCUCGCAACCUAAUCACAGAAAAACUGAACAGAUGGAGACAGGAGGUGAUGGAGAGGACUGUGGAGGACCAGAACCAGACCGCAACUCGGGUCCAGCCAGUCCUCCAGAUACUGAUAAGAAAACUGGAGACUCUUCUCAGACUGAGGACAGUGGUGAUUGGAAUGAGACCAGAGAACCUCUGUCUGGUGAAGAGUUUGUCAGUGAUUCUAGAUGUAGAACAAGUGAGAAACCUUUGAUCUGUUCUGAAUGUAAGAAAACAUUUGGUUGCAUUCAGAAGCUGAGGAAACACAUGAUGACCCACACAUCAGAGAAACCUUUCAGCUGCUCACAGUGUGGUAAAUGUUUUACCCAAAGGGUAAGUCUAAAUGUACACAUGAGAUGUCACACAGGGGAGAAACCUUUCAGCUGCUCAGAUUGUGGUAAAGGUUUCACUCAAAGUCAAAAUCUAAAGAGUCACAUGAGAUUGCACACAGGGGAGAAACCUUUCAGCUGCUCACAGUGUGGUAAAGGUUUCACUCAAAGUCACAAUCUAAAGAGUCACAUGAGAUUGCACACAGGGGAGAAACCUUUCAGCUGCUCAGAUUGUGGUAAAUGUUUCACUCAGAAGGAACAUCUAAAAUUACACAUGAGAUGUCACACAGGAGAGAAACCUUUCAGCUGCUCAGAUUGUGGUAAAGGUUUCACUACGAAUGGAGAUCUAAAGAGACACAUAAGAUGUCACACAGGAGAGAAACCUUUCAGCUGCUCCGAUUGUGGUAAAUGUUUCACUCAAAAGGAACAUCUAAAAUUACACAUGAGAUGUCACACAGGGGAGAAACCUUUCAGCUGCUCAGAUUGUGGUAAAGGUUUCACUACGAAUGGAGAUCUAAAGAGUCACAUGAGAUGUCACACAGGGGAGAAACCUUUCAGCUGCUCAGAUUGUGGUAAAGGUUUCACUCAAAGUCAAAAUCUAAAGAGUCACAUGAGAUUGCACACAGGGGAGAAACCUUUCAGCUGCUCACAGUGUGGUAAAGGUUUCACUCAAAGUCACAAUCUAAAGAGUCACAUGAGAUUGCACACAGGGGAGAAACCUUUCAGCUGCUCAGAUUGUGGUAAAUGUUUCACUCAGAAGGAACAUCUAAAAUUACACAUGAGAUGUCACACAGGAGAGAAACCUUUCAGCUGCUCAGAUUGUGGUAAAGGUUUCACUACGAAUGGAGAUCUAAAGAGACACAUAAGAUGUCACACAGGAGAGAAACCUUUCAGCUGCUCCGAUUGUGGUAAAUGUUUCACUCAAAAGGAACAUCUAAAAUUACACAUGAGAUGUCACACAGGGGAGAAACCUUUCAGCUGCUCAGAUUGUGGUAAAGGUUUCACUACGAAUGGAGAUCUAAAGAGACACAUGAGAUGUCACACAGGAGAGAAACCUUUCAGUUGCUCAGAGUGUGGUUAAUGUUUCACUAGAUGUAGAGAUGUGAAGAGACACGUGAGAUGUCAUACGCUGUGUAAAUCUAAAAGUCCACAUAAAAAUCCCCUUUAACGUCUUUCCCUAAUUUACAUUACCGUUUCCCACGUGAGUUUUGAAUAUCCGUCGCAAAGCUAUAAUGACACAUAUUUGAAGCUACUCUUCAUGUUCUCAAUUACAACCAACUAUCUAAGAAUUCCUCACAGGGAUUUAUUGGGUGUUUUGGGUCACAGGAUGUUACGUGUGAUAUACAAAAUAAAAUUAAUUGAACUAUCUUCUAAAAGAUGGUCAGAAGUUCAUAUUCCAAGAACAAAAUGUUCUUGUCAGUCACACACAAACUAUAAACUAUGCUAAGCUAUUUAUUCAUUGGAAAGGUGUAAUCUAAGGCAGUGAUUCUAAACUUUCGGUCCGCGAUCGCCACCUAGAGGGUUUUUACCCGUGGGCCGCAGUUGAAAUAUUUCUUUUCUGGGCAAAGAAUUGUUAUAACCGUCUUUACGCAGACAAGUAACAGAGAUAAGCCACGCCCCUUGAACGUAGCAUAACGCUCUCCACCAAAGCAUUGAAGCCAUCAAAAUUUAAGCGGAUGGCGUCAUCUCACUGACUUGCAACUCUAAAUCUUACGUAAAAGCCAGCUGUCUUUUUCUGUUCCAUGAAGUGUUAGUGUUGUUUUUGCAGGUUUACAUACAGUGAUCAUCACAAGGACAUUUAUUAGUUGUAUCAGGUUUUUGCUUUUUUUAUUUUAUGUAGUCAUUGAAUACAAAUCCAACCUAUAAUUAUAUCAAUUAGUUAAUAUAAAAUAGUGUUAAUAUUGGAACGGGUGCCUGGGCAUAUUUGUACAUUUGGGCCCUGAGGUCAAAAAGGUUAAUAACCCCUUAUCUAAGGCAUGUUUCCCACUGUUAACAUUGUAACAUUACCCAACCUUAUAUUGUCCUGUCCAAUGACUGAUUUUUAUGUUCCAUUUGUGUUACUGCAAGCUGUCAUAUUAUCAAUGUAUUAAUGCAUACAUUUCCGUGAACCAAAUUCUGUUUUGCAUUUUUAAUGUGCAGAAAAAAACCAGAAGGCCUUUUAAUGUUUUUCAUGCAUUGAGUUGUUACUCUUGUUUAUAUUGUUUUAACGUUUUUUUAAGAAACUGUUUUUAGGCAUUAGUUUUCCUAGUCAAUCCUCAUAUUGAGCUGCGUACAUGUUUAUAUAUUGGACUGAUACAUCUUUGUGUGUUGAGAAACAAAAAGUAGAAAACAUUGCUGAGCAAGCA